UUGCCUGGCUUUUCAAUUCUAUCCUUAUUUGCCGCCUGCUUGGCAAAGCCGGAGGGAGGUGCGCAGGUGUGUCUCUCCUGCUUACCUUCCUUCCGGAUUCACCUGCCUGCCUGCCUGCCUGCCUGCCUAAGCUGGAGUUGAAGGAUGCAGCUGCGCUCCGGGGUUUUUGCUUCUUUCUGCCUGUUGGUGCAGGCUUUGGGCGUGGGGCUUUUCCUUAGGGGCUUCUUCCCAGUGCCGGUCAGAUCGCUGCUUCCGAGCGGGACUUUAGGUCAGGUGCCCGCAGAGCCUCCUCGGACAGAAUUGACAUUAGACUGGACCAAGACGAUCCCACCUCUUUUUAACAAAGUAGUUAUAGUGUUGAUUGAUGCCUUGAGAGAUGACUUCGUUUUUGGUUCAAAAGGUUUAAAAUUCAUGCCAUAUACAACAGAGCUGGUGGAAAAAGGAACAACACAUGCUUUUAUCGCAGAAGCCAAGGCGCCUACCGUCACUAUGCCUCGAAUUAAAGCACUUAUGACUGGUAGCAUCCCAGGUUUUGUUGAUGUAAUCAUGAACCUUAACUCUCCAGCCUUGAUGGAAGACAACUUAAUAUGGCAGGCCAAAAUUGCUGGGAAAAGAAUAAUUUUCUAUGGUGAUGAUACCUGGAUUAAGCUGUUUCCAAAGCAUUUUGUUGAAUAUGAUGGGACAACAUCGUUUUUUGUCUCAGACUACACUGAGGUUGACAACAAUGUUACUAGGCAUUUGAAUAAUGUAUUGAAAAGAGAAGAUUGGGAUAUACUCAUUCUUCACUAUUUAGGAUUGGAUCAUAUUGGUCAUCUGAGUGGACCAAACAGUCCUUUGAUAGGACCAAAGCUUUCUGAAAUGGAUAACAUUAUCUCGAAGAUUCAUAAGUCUCUGCUCUCCGAGGAACUGGAGAAAGGAACAUUGCCCAAUUUACUUGUUGUUUGUGGUGACCAUGGCAUGUCUGAAACAGGAAAUCAUGGUGGUUCCUCAGAAAGUGAAAUUCGUACCCCUUUGCUUUUUGUCAGCUCUGCUUUUCAAAGAACAGGUGGUCCCCGAAAAUAUCCAGAACUUAUCCAACAGACUGAUCUGGCUGUCACCUUAGCAUUAGGACUUGGCUUGCCAAUUUCAAGAAACAGCGUUGGGAAGCUUCUGUCCCCGGUGAUAGAGUGGAAGACAGCUAGAGAACAGCUACGGCUAUUGCAUUUGAAUGGUUUACAACUCAGUAAACUUCUUCAAGAGAACGUCCCUUCGUAUAAGAAAGAUCCUGGAUUUGAAAUGUUUGUGAAGGCAGAAAAAGCUCAUGGGAAUUGGAUUCAAUACUAUUUAGACGGCAGUAGCACACAAGUUGUCACAAAUUUGAGCAAAAAAAUCAUAAAACAAUAUUUGGAAGCUCUCAAGAUCCUGAGCUCUUCUUUAAGCAAGCAGGUGGCCCAGUAUGACAUAUAUUCAAUGAUAAUAGGAACCAUGCUUAUUCUGGAGGUGCUGUUCUUACUCUUACUGAGCCUUCCAAAAGCCCUGAGCAGCAGAGCUGAAUUUAAGAUACCAAACUCAUCCUUGUAUUCUCUGAUGUUCUACUUGAUGAGCCUUUUAUGGAGUGCCAUUCAUGUAGUUGUGUGCACCUCCACGGAAAGCUUAUGUUAUUUUUGCAGCAUUCCCUGGAUUCUGGCAGUUGGAAUUAUCGUGCUGGCUUCGGGGCUUUUUUGGGUCAUAAUUUCCUUUCUGGAAAUGCGGGUUAUAAAUUCAAGACAACCAUUGAAGAAUCCACCUGCUGCUCCUUCCAGCUGGUCUGAAUUAAAUGUGCUGAUUCUGGCAGGCACCAUUGGCCAUAUUUCGAGUCUGGGUGCCAGCAGCUUUAUUGAAGAAGAACACCAAACCUGGUACUUCCUGAUCAAUACCCUUUGCCUUGCCCUCUGCCAAGAAAUCUGCAGGCAUUAUUUCUUGACCAAGGAUGGUGAUCUGCAGAUCCCCACCAUGGGCAAGGCAAAAGCAGAAGAAAUGAAAGAAACUCCUUCCCACUACAGACGGGAUAUUGAAAUAACAGAGGAUGACAUGAAGAUGGGCAGAGGGGACAAUCCUAUAAGCGUGAAUACCUUUGAGAAGUGGAUGGCCUUAGCAACUCCGUGGCUCAUCCUUAUCAUUUGUAGAGUGCUUCGUUCGUUGAAUCAAACUGGAGUCCAGUGGGCCCAUAGGCCAGAUUUUGGACAUUGGCUGACAAGCUCCGAACAUAAAGCUGAACUUUCUCUUCUGGCAUCAGUGUCUCUACUUAUGAUCUUUAUACUUGUUCAUCGAAGAUGUUCUUUGGUUUCGAAAAUAGCAAUGGCACUUGGACUCUUGGGAGUGUACAGUUACCGGGCAGCGAUAGGAAAUGUGGAAUUUCCAUGGCAACGAGACAGAAAAGAUAUUUCAAAGGGCACAAUUGAAGCACGUUUUGUUUACAUCUUUGUUCUUGGCAUCAUCUUCACGGGCACAAAAGAUUUAUUCAAAUCUCUAUUUUUUUCAACGGAUACUAAGAUCAAGUUUAUAGGUUUAUGGGAAAUCUACGGUGGGCUGGUUCUGCUAUCAGCUCUGUUGCUCAGACCUCAUAAUUUACCAGUUUUGGUCUUGUGCCUAUUCAUUCAAACCAUGAUGCGAAACUACAUCUGGAAGCCACUGGAGUUUGAUGCAGCUCAAGUUACUAUCAUGCAUUAUUGGUUUGGACAAGCAUUUUUCUUUUUCCAGGGUAAUUCAAAUGGCAUUGCUUCUGUGGAUGUUUCAGCUGGCUUUGUUGGACUAACCGACUACGUAGAGAUUCCUGCCAUUUUUCUUACUGCACUUGCAACAUACUCGGGGCCUCUGCUAUGGGCCAUUCAUUUGCUGUGUUAUUUGAGUUCUGAAGUGGACAGGUUACUUUUAUUGCACCAGUCUACCAUCCAAAUCUUCCAAUCAUCCAUCCACUACCACUGUAACUGGAUCCAUCCACCUUGCUACAAGUCAAACUCGUCUUCUCUUCCAUGUCUCCGAGCAUCAGGACCUUUUCCAGAAAGUUAGGUCUUUGUGUGAUGUCUCCAAAAGCAGGGAUUGGCAGACAAUGAGAAUAGAGGAACAUGAAUGGGGUGCUGAAUGAGCAAGAAAAAAAGGCAGCAAGAGGAGAAUGCAAGAAAGAACUUGAUUGAGAAAAGGGGUGCCAUCCACACUGUGACUUUGUGACUUUGCUGAACUGCCUAUUGCUUCCUUUGACGCAGAGCUAAGUCACUCCUCAACAGACGUCCAUUGCUGGGAUUGAUUUUUAGCUGUGGUUGCAUAAGCAAAGGCCUUGCUGCUUUUCUAGAAACUUGUGACCUAGGCUUACGGGGUCAUGAAAGCACACGAAUAGUCCCAAAAACCUACUUUAUUGUAACAGCUGAGAAUUACAUUCAUUCCCAGCUGAGUCCCAAUUAAUUGCAAAAAAAGUCCUUCAGGAGAACUCCUAUGGAUAAUCAUCAACCUUUAUCUUCUUUGACACUCUGCCAAAGACUUUACUUGGCAAAGCCCCACGGAGUUCAGAAACAAACAAGAGAUGCCAAAUGGAAACAGAGUUAACAAUGUUGCUUUUCUGCAAACAGCCCAAGUGCCUUUGCUUCUCUUUUAAGCCUUAAGGGAGGGGCCAAUCAUCUCCUGGCCUUACUCCUGAGUCAUCCCUUUUGUUUUAGCUGCUCUUGCCUUCUGGCAGCUCUGCGUAUGUGUGUACUAGGAACAGGCUCCUCCUGUUCCUCUGCCUCUCUGCUGUCCGACUCUGGGGGCUCCGGAGUCUGUGCAUCACUCCCAGAUGGUCCUGGCCCCAUCUCUGUCUCUGAUGCAGAGCCCUCAUCCGGGCCUUCUCCAGAUUCCAGGACUGGCCCAUCUUCCUCCCCAGCCUCCUUACUGUCCGACUCUGUUGCCAGCUCCACAGGCUGCUGGCGGACCACAACAAAACCCAAAUGCUUCUCCCCCCUCCCUUUAUCUAUUCUAUUUUAUGCAGCUUGGAAAGGCUAUGUGGUGUAUUCUGUACACCAGCUGGCAAGGCCUGAACUUUCAGCUUGCAGAAUGUCUUUAAUCUUCUUUUAAGGUUUCUGUAAAUAGCCAAACAUUUUGAGAAUUAAAACAAACACGCAAACACAGGGUGUUGAUUUUUGCUGCAAUAUCUGUCUGAAAACAGCCUGAGAUAAAUCGCUCUGUGUCCUAGGUCCCUGGUUGUUCUGAAGACAUGGGCUAGAAGAAACCAUGUGAGUGUGAAAACAAUGUGGCCUCUGACUUGGACCAUACUUCUGGUCACCACAAUAUAAAAAAAGAUAUUGAGACUCUGGAAAGAAUGCAGAGAAGAGCAACAAGAAUGAUUAGCGGGCUGGAGGCUAAAGCACACAAAGAAUGGUUAUAGGAACUAGGUAUGUCUAGUCCAGAGGUCAGCAACCUGUGGCUCUGAAGCCACAUGUGGCUCUUUCACCCCUCUGCUGUGGCUCCCUGUCACUCAAAAUAUGCAUCACAACUGCCAAUGUGUGAUACCCACUGGCAUGCGAUUUAUUGAGCUUUUCAACCCCUGGUAGGCCAACCAUGGAUAAAUCCAAGAAAAGAAAAGUUUCAGAAGAAAACAGAAUGUUUAAUACAACUACAUAUACUAGUUUUGUGGCCACUCAGGAAAUAGUCAGGCACGGGAAGGGUUUUGUGGCUCCUGGUGUUUUCUUUUCUGUGGGAAACUGGUCCAAAUGGCUCUUAGAGUGUUUAAGGUUGCAGACCCCUGGUCUAGUCUAAUGAAAAGAAAGACUAGGGGAGACAUGAUACCAGUGUUCCAAUAUUUGAGGGGUUCCUACAAAGAUGAGGUGAUUAAACUAUUUUCUAAAGCCCCAAAAAACAAGACGAGAAGCAAUGGGUGGAAACUAAUCAAGGAGAGAAGCAACCUAGAACUAAGGAGAAAUUUCCCAAUGGUGAGAGCACUCAACCAAUGUAACAGUUUCCCUUUAGAAGUUGUCGGUGCUCCAUCACUGGAGGCUUUCAAAAAGAGACUAGACAACCGUUUAUCUGAAAUGGUAUAGGGUCUCCUGCUUAAACAGGGGGUUAGAUAGAAGACCUCUAAGGUCCCUUCCAAUUCUAUUUAUUGUAUGUUCUACCAUAUCUUCUUUGACUCUAGGGAUAUUGUAAAGGAUGCUAGACGAGUCAUUCCGACUUGUUCCUCUGUGGCUGAAGUGCAGGAAUGCACACUUAAUUCAGAAAUAGAGUGGAGGGACUCUCCAUUUGGGAAAGUCCAUAUUGGACUCUAUGAUUCAGUACUUCUGCACCCAACAGGAAUCAAUAUCAAUGGAUGCAAAUUGCUCCAAGAUCUGAUGUAGAUCUCACUGAAACAUUCACUCCCUUGCUUCCUCCUCUUCCCCUGAUUUGUUCUUGAAGCUUUUGGAAUUUCAAAAGUUUCUCUUGUGCAAAGCGAAGUUGGAUAACAAGCUACCAUCAACCUGACUUCAUGUCGUUCUUGAUUUUAAAAUUAUAAAAGAUUAUAAAAUCUAAUAUAAAGAAACCUAUUUUCUUUAUAUAUUCAUGUGUAUGCUAUCGAAUCCACAGCAGGGAAUUAAUACAAACUGCUUGCAGGAGAGAGCCUCUGUUUUGCACAGCAUCAGAGGUGGUAUUCAGCCGGUUCUGACCGAUUCGGGUGAACUGGUAGCAAGGACUGCCACCCCCCCCAUCCCAAUCCCAAUCCCAAUCGCACCCUCACCUCCACCCCCGCCCACCUUGCCCACCUGCCCCAGCAUAAUACCAUCCUAUUUAGCCACAUUUUCGAGGUUGGGCGCGUGCACGGAAGGCGCAUGUGCACGGCAAACUGGUGGUAAGAAUAUGUAAAACCCACUGCUGCACAGCAUGCAUAUAAGUCACUAUGCUUUGUGAUGGAGCAGAAAUGGCUGUUGUGACCCAGGCCCAAGUAGGUAGUAGGAAACUCAGUGAAAAAAAACAAACUUUAUUCGAACAGCUGAGAAUUACUUCAUUCCCAGUGUCGUUCAACUAAAUUAAAGCAAAUUCCUCCCAACACAAAUUCCACAGUCCUAUUUCAAACCUUGGUCCAAUUAGGCAAACUGCCAAAGGCCUUUCUUGGCAAACGUUCAGAAAACACAGAUACAAAAAUAAAUGCAAGACGAAGACGAAAAAGACGACGAAGCUACCAACAUUGUUUUCCGGCAAAACCCAAACACUGUUGCUGGUCUGUUUUAAGCCUUAUGGGAGGGGCUAAUCAUCUCUUGGCCCUACUCCCAAGUCAUCCUCUUUGCUUGAGCUGCUCUUGUCAUGUGUGCAUUAGGAACAGGCUCCUCCUGUUCCUCUGCCUCAUUACUAUCAGUCUCUGGAGACUCUGGAGUCCGCACCUCACUCCCCGAUGGCCCUGGCCCCACCUCAGCCUCAUCGCUGUCCAACUCUGUUGUCAGCUCCACAGGCUGCUGGCGGACCACAACAAUGGCUUUUUGACAUGGUCCAACCAUAUUUAUGGGUAGAGAAUUUUGAUGUGUGAUUUCUUUAAGAAAGGGAGAAAUUUUCCAGCACUGGCUCAGACACAAAAUCCUCUCCACCCACUUCAUGUGGGACCAAAAAAAAAGUCCCAUCAGAAAGGUUCCUUGUUGAUAUUUUCCCUUAGGAUUGAUUUGAAAUAUAGGGAAGGCAGGGAAUUUGUACAGCUCUGGAGAGAUCACGUUUUAAUAAAUGACAGAACAUUCACAUUCGCUCCUUGGCCACCUCAUCACUAAAUAAUUGAUCCAUGUUUAAAAUAACUUAUUAAGGCAAGGUCUUUCAGCUAAUUGAGUAAGAAUAAGAUAGAAAACAAACACAAAAGAUUAUUUUAGCAAGUUCCAGCUGCAUCCACUUGGCUUGUCCACUGCUCAUUUUAGCCCUCCAAGAAAUUAUUUCCAAGGAAAGAUACCUAUAGACAAUGAUGCAAAAGCUGGUUUGCUUCUGCAUCCACCAUCCAUCCACUAUCUCAAUACAGAUUCUGGAAGUAUGAAUACCAACAGGUACAGUAAACAACUGAGAAUAGGAAGUUUUGUUUAGAAAAGAAUAUUCCUAGGCUUAUGGAAAUCCUAGGAAGUUGUAUGUUUAGGUCAAAUAUCAUUAUUCUGCCCAUCACUGCAACUGUCUUUUUAUAAAGCUGAGUUGAAUGAGCAUUGGAUUUUAAGUCUGCACAGAGCACAUGCUUGAUCACUGUAGUAUAAUCAGAAAUAUGUGUAUCUCAUGCAUAAUAAGAAUAUGAACGCACAUAUCCAUAAGAAUAAAACACCCCAAUGUUCACACCUGGUUUUGGUUGGUAUCUUUUUUUGAGAGCCUAAGUAAAACAACAACAUAUAUGAAUGACACUCAGAUUCUCCAGAACAGCCUGAUGGAAAGUUCUGUAGAAUUCAAAAGUUUGCACAUUAAAAAAAAACCUAUUUGGUCUCUAUUGCUCAGCUAUAGCUAAAUAAAUAAAAAUUAUGCAUCAAAAGCAAAUUGUGCAUCAAGAAAGGCAAUAUGCUGAGGCCGAUACAGUGUGUACAAAUUGUUUGAAUGCUGUCAUACUUCGUGCAAAUCAAUAUUGUUUAUGGGAACAACAUGAACUACAGAUGAUGCUGAAGUUCCACUUCUAACCACUUAACCUCUCAUUAAUUGUGUCUCUACUGACUGACAUUUUAAUAAGCUUCUUUCCCACAUACUUCAAGGUAAGAUACAUACUUAAAAAAAACAGAAAUGGGUUUUUUUGUAAGAAAUGAAAUGAUUACUCAGUCAUAUAUUCUGCAUGACAAAUUUCUGAUUAAUUCUGAAAUGAUCAACCCACACUAGAAAUGGGUAAGACCACGUUUUAAACUGCUCUAUGUAAUCAGAGCUACCAGAUGGCCAAAAUGUUUGAAAACAUUCCCUUAUGAUAGUUAAUAGUAUUUAACUUUGGGUAUUUCACUAUAAUAGAACACUAAAGACUAAUAAAACCAAUCAAUCUGUGGUGCCAGAGUAAUUCAAAGUCUGUGCCAUCAACAUGGCAUCUUUACAUUUUUAUUGUCCCUGUCGACAUGAAUGGAGACGUGGAGACAGUCUUGAUAUGGAUCAUAAAUUUGUGGUUUGGCCAUGCAGUAGAAAUCUCAUUCUGCUUUCUCAAUGUCAAAUAGAAUUAUUAUGGUACAAACACAGAUGCAGAAAAAUAGAUAUUUCCUUGUUUAUAUCAGUUGAUCUGGCAUGUCAUGAAUAUCCUCAAUAAAAAUAAUGAAGGUUGCCUGCACAACAAUAUGUUCCAUAAAUUGCCAAUUAAAGGGCAAUACCACAAUAUUUCAUUCGCAGAAGCAUGGGCCACCUUUGGGUAGUUGAGGGAUGCCCUUAACAUUUUGGGGGAAAAAAACACCC